GUUCAUCUAAUGCUGUAGGUUACUCAGGCUUCACACCAACCAACCAACCUGAUUCCGACUCAUAGCGACCCUAUAGGACAGAGUAGAACUGCCCCAUAGUUUCCAAGCAGUGCCUGGUGGAUUCGAACUGCCGACCUUUUGGUUAGCAGCUGUAGUUCCUAACCACUACACCACUAGGGUUUCUCUCAGGCUUCAAAGAAGUUGGAAACAGUCACAUACUUGUCCUUAAGAUUGCACUUGCCAUAAUUUACUUCACUGGUAUAGCAACCUCCAAACCUUUAUCCUCUCUUUGGGCUGUCAGUGUGAGCUCCUGGGGUCAACUGGAAAAGCUAGCAGCAGGAAGCAGGCAGGCAUGCACUGUCUUAUUCAGCCAUGCUUUGCCUUUGUGAGGCACUGUCUUCUGUCUGUGGGUCUCUGUCUCCCGGCUGUAGCCACUGACUAGCAAAUACAGAUGACAAUGAAGCCUUUGCUGGCACAGAAUGCUGAGAGAAUUAUCACUGAGCCAAUGAUAGCUGUGGUGAUUGCAGUAAAUUACUUCCACAGCAAUUGACAAAUUGCCACAUUCGGCAGCCAUUAUGUUUGGGUUUGUAUCCUGAAGAGUAAACGACUCUUUCUUUCUCUCUCUCUGUAUCUCUCUCUCUCUCUCUCUCACACACACACACACACACACACACACACAGGCAGUGAGGCAGCCUACCCUGUGUUGAAUGACAUUUAUGCCUUUUAUGCAUCCUGGGUUCUUGUGGCCGUCCUGCCUUAGUUCCUGUAGCAAAGAGACUUGAGUCUGAGCACUAAUUAUCACCAGUGAGGUUUCCUCCCAAACGGGAAGUAUCAGCCCAGAUCCACUCUCUGGCGGUGCACUCUCUAACCAAGCAUUAUUCACUGUGCCCGUCCAGCCCUUGUGGCCGUGAGCCGGAGUGCAAGCUGAGAAAGAGGGAGGCAGCUUGGGCCAGCUGAGCCCCCAGCAGGCCCCUCACCUUCGGAGGGUCAGCCUGAGUCAGCUGAGGAAGAAGGGGUGGCCCAGCUCCCUGGAGGGUUGUCAGGGCGCUGGAGCAAGCGCUCAGACCACUGCCCCGGCCGACUUCGCGCCAGCCUGUUGCCCCUGUAAUGUCAGGAGACAUGGACAAGCCGCUGAUCAGCCACCGCCUGAUGGACAGUGAUGGCAGCCUUGCUGAGGCUCCCACUGAGGCCCCCAAAGUGGGCAUCCUGGGCAGCGGGGACUUUGCCCGCUCCUUGGCCAUGCGCCUGGUGGCCUCCGGCUUCAGUGUGGUCGUGGGGAGCCGCAACCCCAAACGCACAGCCGGGCUGUUCCCCUCCACAGUCCAAGUGACUUUCCAGGCAGAGGCGGUGAGCUCCCCUGAGAUCGUGUUCGUGGCUGUGUUCCGGGAGCAUUACCCCUCGCUGUGUGUUCUCAGCGACCAGUUAGCUGGCAAGAUCCUGGUGGAUGUGAGCAACCCCACAGAGCAGGAGCACCUUCAGCAUCGCCAGUCCAAUGCCGAGUACCUGGCCUCCCUCUUCCCCACCUGCACAGUGGUCAAGGCCUUCAACGUCAUCUCUGCCUGGAGCCUGCAGGCCGGUCCCAGGGAUGGGAACAGACAGGUGCCCAUCUGCAGUAAUCAGCGGGAAGCCAAGCGCACCGUCUCGGAGCUGGUGCAGGCCAUGGGCUUCUCGCCAGUGGACAUGGGGUCCCUGGUGUCGGCGCGGGAGGUGGAGGCCAUGCCGCUGCGCCUCCUGCCGGGUUGGAAGGUCCCCGCCCUCCUGGCCCUGGGGCUCUUUGUCUGCUUCUAUGCCUACAACUUCGUCCGGGAUGUGUUGCAUCCCUACCUGCAUGAGGGCAAGAACACGUUCUACAGGCUCCCGGUGUCCGUGGUCAACAUGACGCUGUCCUGCGUGGCCUACGUGCUGCUCUCGCUGGUGUACCUGCCCGGCGUGCUGGCGGCCGCCCUGCAGCUGCAGCGGGGCACCAAGUACUUCCGCUUCCCGGACUGGCUGGACCACUGGCUGCAGCACCGCAAGCAGAUCGGCCUGAUGAGCUUCUUCUGCGCCGCCCUGCACGCGCUCUACAGCUUCUGCCUACCGCUGCGCCGCUCCCACCGCUACGACCUCCUCAACCUCGCCGUCAAGCAGGUCUUGGCCAACAAGAGUCCCCUCUGGGUCGAGGAGGAUGUCUGGCGGUUGGAAAUUUACCUCUCCAUGGGAGUCCUGGCCCUCGGCACGCUGUCUCUGCUGGCUGUCACCUCGCUGCCAUCCAUCGCAAACUCACUCAACUGGAGGGAAUUCAGCUUCGUUCAGUCCACCUUGGGUUUCCUGGCCCUUGUGCUGAGCACGCUGCACACGCUCACCUGUGGCUGGGCCAGCGCCUUCAAGGAGAGCAGCUACAAGUUCUACCUGCCUCCCACCUUCACACUCACGCUGCUGGUGCCCUGCGUGGUCAUCCUGGCCAGAGGCCUGUUCGUCCUGCCCUGCCUGAGCCGCAGACUUGCCAAGAUCCGGAGGGGCUGGGAGAAGGCAGGAGCCACCCGGUUCCCACUGUGCGAGGACACACCGUUGCCCAGAAGACAAGCCACGUGUGAGGUGCCUGCACCCUCUAGGAACCAGAUGCAGGCGGGAUGGUACCCCGAGCGUAGUGAGGGCUGCUUCUAUUUAUAACGCAGUUGGCGGUUGAAGGCCUGAGCUCUCGGGAAACAACUCGAGGCAGUAAUAUUCACACUACCAUGCAUAUGUGUGUAAUAUAUAUGUACAUAUAUUUCAUACAUGUAAUGGGAUUUGCAAUUGUAAUCGCUUAGCUAAAAAGUUUAUUCCCUGAGAUUUCAGCUGGUAGAUUGAAAAGCAAGGGCCAGGUGUUAGGAGAAGAGCAGAUUGCACUACUGUGGUGUUUGCAGAUACACUUUUUGUACAAAAGACUCGAGUGGUUUGGCCCUUUGUUGAUUUGAUCCAUUUGAGCUGCCCUCCACGCCCCUUUGGCUUCUUUUCCAAGACUCCUUCCUGCAGAGCUGGGCUCUAUGAUGGCACAGAAGACCCCGGUUCUGCCGCGCAGUCCCAGGUGCUCUGCAAGCCAGUGGGAGAUCUGCCCUUUGCUGGCUAGGGUGGGGUGGGCUGGGGUGCUGGGCUGAAGCUGCUCCACCUCAGCCUGCCUGAGCUGGGAAGGUUUUUUUCCCCCGAAAGUCAGAAGUCGCCACAUCAGCUGCAAAUUGGUCCUCCUGUGGGGUGUGAAGUCACCUCUUUGCUGGAGUCUCUAAUGAAGCCCGUCUUGAGAACAAGUGUCACCUCUUUCCUUCCUCUUAAGUUGGUGAUGACCGCUCUUUAAACCACGGUGCCUUCUCACCUUUUAGAUCGUUAGUGUGAAUUUCUCUCAAGCAGACCUCACCCAGACCCCCCUAGAAAUUAGCCCGGGAGGGCAACAAGGAAGAGCAUUUUCAGCUUUGAGUGGAACCCUUUCUUGAGACCCUGCACGGGGUAGGGGAGGUAGGGGUGCUGAAGGACUGUCUUUAUUAAAUCGGUCCUGUGGAAUAAUCCUGGGAACCCCUUAAAAUGUCCUCUGCUGCCACUGGGCACCCAGAAAAUCACUUGACCCCAUGUUUCUCCUAAUGGAGUAGUUGGUACAUUUCUACACAGCUGGGAGGGUCUUUUCCUGCCAAGCUGCCCUGCAUGGGAACACUGCUGCCCCAGGGCACAGGAGCCCAGACCUUGGCCAGGGCACCUUAUGCCGUCUCUCCCUGUUCAUGCUUACGCUGUUUUUACUUCUGAGAAGCAGCUGUUCUCAGCUCAGCCCCCAGUCCCCAGCAGAACCAGGGGGUGAUCUGUCUUCUCUACUUAAAAAAAAAAAAGGCCUGCUUGACCCCAAAGGGGAGUGAGCUCUUGCAUACUGAACUCUAUACUCUGAAUGGAGAUUCAGGCUCACGUUCAUCUUGCUUAGGUUUCCCGGGCGGGCAGCAUCUCAUACUGUAACAGGGAGAGUGGGACCGUGAAAGGCUGGGCAGAUGUGCUGUGAGAUGGGGGUGCCACUGCUUCCCCAGGGAGGCCCCAUGAGCUCAUGUCUGCAGAGCACAUUAGGGCCCUUUAGUGCAAGAAUAUCUCAUUAGGCCAGUGACUGGUGGCCGGCAGCAGCGCAGGGGAAACGUCUGCUUCCUGCGGAUGCCUUCCAUCUGCUCUCCAAGGCCGCGUGGCAGAAGCCGGUCUCGUAAAUUGGCCCUGAUGGAGCAUCGGCCGUGGCCUGCAAAGAGCCUCGCUGAGAAGGAAGCAGACAAAAUAGAGAUUGUAGCAUUUGCUUGGGGAAACGAGCACCCGUCAGUUUCCAGCUAAUGGUUACCUUCGACCCACUAAGGAUCCUUGCCCCUUGUCAAGACCGACUUCCUUCCUUUUCCAGGCCUCCCUGAGCCCGGAGUUGCCGGUGUUCGUUGCCAAGGAGUCGAUUCUGAUGUGUUCAGAGUAGAACUGCUCCGUGGGGCUUUCAAGGCUGUGACCUUUUAGAAGCAGAUCAUCAGGGCUUUCUUCUGAAGUGCUUCUGGGUGGGUUUGAACCACCAACGUUUUGGCUAGUAGUUGAGCACUUAACUGUUCGCACCACCUAAGGACUCCCUAGCCCAGGGAUUAUGGUGGCUUAUACUAAAGAUGCUGACAUCAAGCCCAGCAUAGGUCCUUCCCUUCCUCAGCCACCUCCUGCUGACGGUGCCCAUUAAGUGACUCCAGGUGAGUGGUAGGAGGGAGCGGGCAUGGCAGAGGAACUGGCCACCCGUCGUCCACUGGACAGGCGGCUUCUGAAAGGCAGGUGGCCUGUGUACUUGGCCUUGAUCUGUGUCUACGCGGCUCUUCCCUUCCUUAUCAGGCAGCUGGCAACGGCGUCCCCAAGAGAGCGAGUCACUCUCUCCCAGCCUGGUGUCUCCUAUGUACCUGUGGGUACAAAAGUGCCUGAACCACCGUGCUCCAGACAUCCUAAAUGCCAGUUGAUGCUGACAUUUAAAAUCUAUGUCCUUGAAAUGGUCUGUGUUUCGUUUUUACCUUGUCGAGGCUGUCUAAGAAGCAGCGAUAUAAACACCUAACCUUCUGUGAAUUCUGGGCUUUUAUUUCUGUCCUGUCGAUCAUCGACCCUCUUGUUUAUUAUUAUUUUUUAAAACUUCACAAAAUUUACUAACUCAAAGAGUAAGUUUCAACAUGAUAUUUAAUUAAUAUUCUUCACAUCUAUAUUCCUCUGAGUGGCAGAAUAUCCCAAACAUAUCUUUAUUCAUUUGUUAAAGAAAAGAUUUGCUGUCCCAGAGUUUUACUGCGGGAGUGUUAAAAUAACAUGUUGUUAAUAGCUGAGAAUUUUGAAGAACUGCCUUUCACAGGUGUCCCACUGGAUACAUUGAGCAAUGCUAUCUAUUCGGCUCCCUGGCUUAAAUUCUUAUUUACUCAAAAGGAAAUUGUACACCAAUACAGCUGGGUUAGUCUGUAAACUUUCGAUAACAACACGUAGAUAUAAUCUUCUCUUAUGCUUAUAGGAACCUUCUGGAGUAUUCUUAAACAGUUUUUUUCCCCUUCUCAAUUUUAUUUGUUUUGUCGUUGUUGAGAAUAUGCACCGCAAAACAUACACCAAUUCAACAGUUUCUACAUGUACCAUUAAGGGACUUUGAUUACAUUCUUCGAGUUGUGCAGCCAUUCUCAUCCUCCUUUUCUGAGUCAUUCCUCCCUCCUUAAGACAAACUCACUGCCCUCCUAAGGUUUCUAUCUAAUCUUUCACGUUGCUGUUGUCAAUUUGAUCCCAGAUAGAUAGUUCUGAAAAGAACAUAAUGCUCAAGGCAGACCUUUUUUAAUAGUUAAGCUAAACUACUGUUUGGUUUUAAGGAGACUUAGGGGAUAUUUCCAGUUUAAGGUUUAAAGAUUAUCUCCGGGCACUAGUUUCAGGGAUUCAUACCCUCAUUUAUUUGUUCACUGACUUGAUGAACCUUCUGAUUGGAGGCUGCUCUGAGUCAGGCAACAUGGAAGGUGGGGCUGCCCAGGUGAACACAGCAUAUGUGUCCAAGGAAGGACAGACAUGCAGACCUCCCAGAACAGGCCAGUAAGGAGAUGCCUGGGCUACAGGUGACAGUGCAGGGGGAGGGGGAUGAAAGGGGUACCCAAAGCCAGGGGAGGGGCAGGGAGGGCCUCUUGGAGGGAGCAGUAUCUGCACUGUGGUCUGAAGACUAAGUCCUUGAAUGUAGGCUACAGUGGUGCUUCUCCAACUAUAAAGGGCAUAUGAACCACAUAGGGGUCUCAUUCACAUGCUGAGUCUGAUUCAUGGGUCUGGGGUGAGCACCAAGGCAGCUGUUCUAAUACGCAGCCAGGUGACACUGAUGUGUUGUUCCUUGGACACAGAGCAACAAGGGCUUCAAUGGCUCUCUUUGUUUCUGCUGCACUGCCGUCUCUGGCCGUGCACAUAAAGUCUCUCUGCCCCACAAGCCUUCCCCAUGACCCUGGUUCCUCUGCAUACCACCAGUGCUUCCGAGACCCCCUUGUUCUCCUAAAGGCAGAAAACACUCCAUCCCUAGCGCUAGAGCACUGUACUUCAUGUUUUGUGUCUGUGAUGCUCCCUAGAGUUGUGUAAGACAAUGAUGCUGGGUCCAUCAGGAAAACAAGAGCUUGCUUCAGCCACUAUACACCUAACAGGCAGCCAGACCUUUCCACUGAAGCUUUCAGAACUGUCUUAACUGUUCAGGAGAAGAAAAGGGGUGGGGAACCUCAUGUGCAAAAAAAAAAAAAAAAAAAAGACACAGCUAAAUGGCUAAAAACCAUUUUUGGGGAACAAUAACCAAAAGAUGCCCUGGCGAUUUUGAGCCCAUAGAAAGAACCAUGUCUAGAAAACAACUUCACCACAGAUAAUUUUCAAGGGGCAAAUAACUCUUGUCCUUGGAGGUUUGCUUUUUACUUUGUGUCCUCCCACACAUAAUGCUGGGGAAGGUAAGGUUAAAAAGAAGUAAUACAAUAGAUGAAAAAUCUCCGUUAGGCAUCUGACGUAAGAACUAAGGAGCAAUCAAAAUAACCCUUAUUAGUUAAAGAGACCAAGUUAUUGUUUAGCUAUUUCACAAGUUAUGCCUUUUCCAAAAGCAAUGAAGUUGGUCCUUGUAGGUGCAGAAGCUGUAUAGCCCUGGACAGCUUCCGUGGUUGCUUUACAAACAGGGAGUCGGCCCCACUAGAGCAGAAAUUCUCAACCCCAUCAAAACAGCACUGACUUUUUCUAACAAAUAUUUGGAAAUCCACCUUAACUAACCUGAGAUGAAAUUCGGUGGGGUAUACCCACACAUAUAAUUUUUUAAAAUCAGUUUAAGGCCAUAAUUGAAAUAUACAGUAGAAAUAAAGACAAAAUAAUUUACACUAAAUUAAACUGCUAAUAUUUAUGAUACUUAUUCUGAAUAAUUAUUAUUAAAAAAAAUUUUUUUUUUACAAUCUUAAGUAAGUUGGUUUUAAGAGAAAUACAAUGAUAGUCAAUUAUGUUGAUCCUCUUUAUAACUGACAUGUUUUGUCUAAAGUGACACAUACCUAAUUGUAACUCCUGGGAAGUAUGCAAAGUGGAUUUUUGUCCAAUUAAAUUGCAUUUGCCCCACCAAUUUCUGUAAUAAUUGCAGAUAGUUUAUCUUAAUUCAUUUUGAUCUCUAACAGUUACUUAAAAUACUUUGGCUUCCUUUUUGUUUUCUCUGCUCAGAAAUGAACAAUGACAAAUAUAACCUUUGAUGUACUACACUACCAAAAAAGAACUUUCAUUGCCAACUCUCCCAUAAGGUGAAAAAUCAGCCCCUUUUUUAAUGAGUGGUGAUUUCAUUUAUUGGACAAAGAACCUAGCUAAUUUCUAUAAUCCCCAUCAGAAGCAAAGCCUACUCUUGAAAAUCACAUUUUAGCCAACAGUUAAACCUUUUCCCUACAUAGAGAAUUUAUUAGGGCUUUCAUCUCCUGAAUAGUCUUCCUACUACAAAACAACUAGAUCCUGACAAAAGAGUAUUCUUAAUGAAUUGCUGGACUCUCAGGAGGUAAGGAAAAUCACCAGGGCAGAGAAUAAGUGGAAACACAAAAAAAGCACUCCUUGGCUCCUAGAAGAAGCAAAUUCAAGGCCUUUCUUGGGAAAAGCAACUUAAAUUCUGACCAGUCAAACAGGAGAUCAAAAAACCACAAGUGAGAAUCACCAGAAACACAAAUAACCCCACGGACUUCAAAGAAUGGAAUUAUCAGUUACACAGAAUGAUAUAUUAGAUAUCCAAAAAUAAAAGAGUCACAAAAAUAAGUAAACAAUAAGACACUAUCAUUAUUUUAGAUGGAAGGUGGGGCCAUUGCCCAGAUAGUCCCAGAGAACAGAGGAUUGUUUUCUAUUCUUGAGAGCUAAUGAGAUUUGCCCUGCUGGGUUUUGAACUUGACUGGUACACAUGACCCCUCCUUUCCCUCCAGUUUCUCUCAUUUGAAAUGAUAAUGUCUACUUUAUGCCUGGUUCACCAUUGUAUUAUGGAAACAGAUAAUUUGUAUUACAGAUUUCAAAGGCCCACAGGUGGAAAGGAAUUUUGCCCCAGGAUGGAAUAUAUCCAGUAAGUCUCACAGGUACUUGAUUUACACGAUCCAGAAGAGAUUGUGGAUUUAGAGUUGAUGCUGGAAUGGGUUAAGACCUUUGAGGAUGAUGUGAUAGGGUAAAUGUGUUUUGCACUUGGAAAAGACAUGAAUUUGGGGGGAGGGGCAAAGGGUGGAAUGUAUGGACUAAACUGUGUCCCCCCCAAAAUCUGUAUUGAAGUCUUGGCCCCAUACCUAUGGAUGUAAUCCUGUUCGAAGACAGCAUUUUCGUUGUUAAUUGAGUCAUAAUUGAGUAGGGUGGGUCCUAAGCCUAGCCACUUCUGAGUGAUUAAAAGAGCAGAAUAGACACAGAGACACACACAGGGAAAGAAAGAUGCCAAGGAAACACCAAGAAACAUCUGGGACUACCAAUAAGGAAGGACCUUCACCUACAGCCAUGCCCUAAAUUUGGACUUCUAGCCUCCUGAACUGUGAGAUAAUAAACUUCUGUUCUUUAAAGCUGCCUACUUGUGAUAUCUGUGACAGCAGCAGUAGGUAACUAAGACACCAGGCAUUUUGAAUUUAAAAUAUACAGUCCUAAUUAAGUCAUCGACCAGAGAGGAAAUAAUAACGGACACUGUCUUAGUCAUCUAGUGCUGCUAUAACAAAAAUACCACAAGUGGAUGGCUUUAAGAAAGAGAAGUUUAUUUCCUCACAGUAAAGUAGGCUAAAAGUCCAAAUUGGCCUUCUUUCUCUUUCAGCCUUCUCAGCAAUCUUCCCCCAGAUAGGAGCUUCUCUAUGCAGGGACCCUGGGUCCGAAGGAUGCGAUCUGCUCCUGGCACUGCUUUCUUGGUGGUAUGAGGUCCCCCUGUCAAUCUGAUCACUUCUUUCUUUUUUAUCUCUAGAGACUGCCUCAAGACAGAAUCCAAUCUUGUAGACUGAGUCCUGCCUCACUAACACAACUGCCAUCCAUUCUCCCUCAUUGACGUCAUAGAGGCGGGAUUUACAACAUACAGGAAAAUCACACAAUAUGGGGAAUCAUGGUCCAGCCAAACUGGUACAUACAUUUUUGGGGGGACAUAAUUCAAUCCAUGACAGACACUUUUCCAAAAUUUAUACUGAAUGGUAAUUAAAUAUCACUAUCAAAAAUUUGGGGAUGCAACAAAAAUAUUCUUAAAAGAAAGAUAUAAUAAAUGUUAGAGCAGAUAUUAAAGAAAUAGAAAAUAAAGAUAUAGAGAGAAUAGACAGGGUCAAAAGUUGUUUUUUGAUAUGACUUGUCAAAUCUUUGAUGAGGCUGAUCAUGAGAAAAAGAAAAGCCUCAAAUAAUUUUAGGCAUGAAAAAGGAGACACAAUACAGAUAAAACUAAUUUAAAAGAUAAUAAGAAUACUAUACACAAGCUUAGGAUAUGCUAGUGGCACAGCAGAUAAGAGCUACGGCUGCUAACCAAAAGGUCGGCAGUUUGAAUCCACCAGGUACUCCUUGGAAACCUGUGGGGCUCUUCUACCCU